AAUCACACGUCCUCAAGUGCUUCCCUGCAGCCAUGGCGCCGUAUCCUGGGUCUGAUGCUGACUAUUUUAAGGACAAAGCGCGUAGGGAUCUGUUGACUCUGCUUGAAGGCGUGCGUGGGAAGAAGAACCUUGUUGUCAGCCAGGAUCUGGCCGGUCCAGUCGGGCUCUUUGUCAAGUUCUCUCUACUCCAAGAGUACGGUGUAGACCGAGUGUUCCUACUGGAGAAUGCCAAUGUGGACUCCUCUCAACGCAAUGUGGUAUUCCUAGUUCAUGCUGAAAAGACACGCCAGGUGCGGACCGUCGCAGACCAGAUUAAACGCCUACAGCGGAAUGGAAAUGUUGAACAUGAAUUCUCUAUAUUCUGGGCCCCAAGACGUACGCUUGUAAGCAAUGCAAUCCUGGAAGAUGCAGGAAUCAUCGGGGAUGUGAACAUCGCAGAACUUCCCGUGUACUUCAUGCCUCUGGAGCAAGAUGUCUUGUCAUUAGAGCUAGAGGACUCGUUUAGCGACUUGUACCUGCACAAAGAUCCAGGCUGUGUCUAUCUGGCUGCCAAGGCCCUCAUGGGUAUUCAGCAGAGGCACGGCUACUUCCCCCGUAUAAUCGGCAAGGGCGACAAUGCACGACGAUUGGCAGAUCUUUUGCUACGCAUGAGAAAAGAACUUGAUGCUGAAGAGAGCUCUGGUCUGACUGACCUCAGCUCCAGGGGGCUCCUCCCAAGCGCAGAUACUGAAAGCCUGAUCAUCAUCGACCGUGAAGUCGACUUUGGCUCUGCCCUUCUCACUCAACUCACGUAUGAGGGCUUGAUCGAUGAAACCGUAGGAAUCAAGCACAACCAGGCAGACGUGGACACAGCCAUCGUUGGUUCAACACCUGCCCCCCAAGCACAAGAAUCUUCCAAAGCCCCACAGCAAACAUCCAAGCAGAGUCAAAAGCGUAAAAUCCAGCUAGACGCCUCCGAUCAACUCUUUAGCCAAUUGCGUGACGCCAACUUCGCCAUCGUCGGCGACAUUCUGAACAAGGUAGCCCGUCGUCUCGAAAGUGACUACGAAAGCCGCCACACCGCGAAGACCACAACCGAACUCCGUGAAUUCGUCAACAAACUACCAACAUACCAACUAGAGCAUCAAAGCCUCCGCGUCCAUACCAACCUCGCCGAGGAGAUCAUGCGAAACACCCGCUCAGACAUCUUCCGCAAGAUCCUAGAAGUCCAGCAAAACAACGCCGCAGGCGCCGACCCAACCUACCAACACGACUCCGUCGAAGAGCUCAUCGCUCGCGACGUCCCUCUCAAAACCGUCCUCCGCCUCCUUUGUCUGGAAUCCUGCAUGGCAGGCGGUCUCCGCCCACGCGACCUCGAAAACUUCAAGCGACAGAUCGUCCACGCAUACGGCCACCAACACCUACUCACGUUCUCUGCUCUCGAGAAAAUGGAGCUCCUUCAACCCCGAUCCUCCGCUACAGCCAUGCUCCUGCCGACAACGGGCACCCAACCAGGCUCCAAAACAAACUAUGGCUAUCUGCGUAAGAAUCUCCGUCUUGUAGUGGAGGAAGUCAGCGAGAAGGACCCGAACGACAUUGCCUACGUAUACAGCGGCUUCGCCCCCCUCAGCGUCCGUCUCGUCCAAUGCGUCCUGCAAAAGCCAUACGUUCUCUCCCUCAUCCGAGGUGGAUCCGUCGCUGCCUCCGCCUCCCCCAGUCCAGCCAGUACCGCGUCCCCAGGCUGGCUCGGUUUCGAAGACGUAGUCAAGAGCGCCCGCGGCGCAACGUUUAGUAUCGUCCAAAAGGGCGAUGACAAGGCGAUCCGUGCCCGGCAAACACUGAGCGGUAACAAUGCUACCAAGACAGUUUAUGUGUUUUUCUUGGGUGGUAUUACGUUUACGGAAAUCGCUGCAUUACGGUUUAUUGCUGAGCAGGAGGCACCGAAGAGGAAGAUCGUGAUCUGUACCACGAGCAUUAUCAAUGGGGAUAGAAUGAUGGAGGCUGCGAUUGAGAAGCAGGAUUUCACGAAGACGGAAUAA